GUGCAGAGCUAGCGUUUAAAGCGAAUUAAACUGUGUAAAGCCAACGCUGAGGCACCGGCCAUUCGUCAAGUAGAGCGAGUACCUACUUAAGCUCAAAGAGCAAUAUUUACUUCUCAUUUGACUCCCGAAGAAGCAAGCGUCAACAGAGAAGUUUGUUGCUGUCCGCUGACGUAUUGCAGAAUUAUGUGAUUUGUGAAAGUGAUAGUUCGUAUACCCUUUUGGAUUAAUUUUUUUUUUCGUCUGACGGAGCUGCCUGGUUUGGUUAUCUAACUUAUUGGAUUUGUGUUCGUACAUAACGGAAUUGCUGUUUUGUAAAGGGACCCCAAAGAACUUCAAAAUGAAAGGAAUCUUCUUUUUCUACUCCAGUGGUUUGACGUGAUGAAGAUGAAAGACAAUAUUGUGCGCGAGUUUAUAUAAAAUCAGGACUUAGUAAAUGAGCCCCAAAAUGAACAUAAUUUUAGUGGUGUGUACUUUAAUUGUAGCCAUCAGCGCCAUCAGGGUUCCUACAGUAUGGCCAGAUGAUAACUCUCAACCGAAACACUUAAAAUCAAUAGGACAUGGACACUACCAUAGUAAAUUAUCUGUGAAUAACAGAGAACACUUCAGGAUACACCCACAAAAAUCGAGGAUACGUAAAAACUUCCAUGUUCAUAAGAAACCUUACAGGGUAUCUAAGUUACCUACUAGAGUACAACAUUUUCAUUCCAAGCCUAAGAAGUUUUUCAGGAAACAUAAACCAAGAGCUAGUCCUUGGAUGCCAAUAGCACCUUUCAGCAAAAAUACAAAUUUAUUCUAUACGCCUCCGAAAGCCCAAGCACCUCUCGAUCUCAAGCAACACCCUCAGACUUACUACAGGCCAGCAUCCAGCGAGUAUGUCACCAGUAGAAGCUCUCCCCUUUACAAAAACUAUAGGGAUGAUAGGACAUACGAACAUGAAGAUACAGAAGAUGAGAGAAUAACAGAACCUUCUCCGGACGUUGAAAGACCAUCAAUAAAGGAAAGCGAUCAAGAACAACCAAUGGAUAUUCCAACAGCACCAAUAUAUCCAGGAGAUGGACAAUGGGCUAAACCAGGUCAGAAGCACAAACCCUUCAUUAGUAAACAAAAAUAUUCAGAGUUAAUGCAAGAUUCGGAAGAAAAACCUGACGGAUUCGAAAUUUUCGAAAGAGGUCAAAAAUUGUACGACAACAAACAAGCAAAAUUCGUAGAUACCCGAAGGAAAAUAUACCCCGAGACUGAAACCAAUGACGAACAACAAAAUGAAAAACAACAAGAAAAAUCGGAUUCAAGUGAAGAAGAAGAUGGCUUCGUUCCAUCAACGAUGUACGUACAAGUAAGAAGAAGCGAAAACGAAGAACAUCUACCAAGUGACUCUGAAGAUGCAGAAAAUGGUAGACUGAAGGAAGUCAUCAAGGAUUCUAAGAUUCUCACUGUUUAUACUGAAGAAGGUUACGAAGAUAGUGCGUACGACCAUGCUGGUCACGAAAAGGAAGCCGAAGAUUCUCAAGGCUACAAGGAAUAUAACAAAGAGGAAGAAAAGACCCUGGACCCAAAGAAAGGAUCUUUGAAAAAUCAUAAAACAACAGUAGAUGAUCAAAAUGAAGAUGGAAGUUCGAAUGUUUACAAACAUGUUGAAAAACCCAACAAAUCUAAAAGGAAGAAAUAUAUACCCAAAAACAAGAACAAAUUAUUCAAAACUGAAUCCAUGAAAACAAUGAAACUGAAAGAAGAACCUGACGGAACUCAAAUGGAAAUAACGAGUGAAGUUAAAACCAUGACGAACCCAGGAAAUGAUGAAAAAAUAGUACAAGUUCUUCCCAAAGUCAUCAAAUAUUCGAAUCACUCCAAUCAAACUUCACAAAAAGAAUUGGACAAAACUAUUCAGGAGCUCUCUUCAACACCAGCCAAUACGAGGAAGAAAAGAUUUGCAAAUGACUUUCCCCAAAUCGAUGUCAAAACCGAUUUCAUCAACGGCGUAAUCGGUAAUGACAAUUCUAACUAUAAUACAAUAAAAGAGAAAGAAAAAUAUCCAUACUACAACUCAAAAUAUAUCAAUCCAAAUUCACCAUUAAAAUACUCUGAAAACAUGGACAAUAUUCCCAUUAAGAAAGAGGGGGAAAUGACAUUCUAUGAACAAACGAAUGAAGUGCAGUGUCCCGAAGUUGACGAAGACAUUGAGGCUAUCCCUCGUCGAAUACAAGAUGUCGAAGAAUCCCUAAACAAUGGAGAAAAAUUAGAAGAUAGUGAAGAAGCCGGUAAGUCUCCUAGACUGGGUAAACUUGGACAGCGAAUAGAUUGUUUCAAACGUAAAUACUUUGGCGAAAAUCCCCUAGACAGUCCAUUCUUCAAGGAAAAAGAAAUAGAAUAUGUCCCUCCUUUAUUCAAGGUGCUACAAGAGAGAAGUGCAGGCUUUCAAGCUCACCACGGUAAGACGAAAGAAGCACUAAAUAACAAUUACAGGAAAAAAUACCACAGUAAAUUUUCAGUGAGGGGUAGGAAACAACCCUCAUUUGAUAGAGAAAAACAAAAUUCAGUGAACGACAAUGAAGAACUUGAUUCAGAAGAAAUAGUUAACGAUGUAAGAGUUCACAAACAACUUCCAGAAAACGAAUCGAAUAAUUUGAGACAGUCUUUCGAAGACAUAACUCCGGAAGUUGAAGUUAUCAACGUUGACACUUUCAAGAGUAUCAACCAUGUAACAACAGAAUCACCUUCGGUUAGUCUGAUAACAACUCCAAAUUAUUCCAUUAAUAUUACACCAAAACAUAUUUACGAUCAAAUAAAAUUGUUGGAUUUUCUACCAUCCGUUACAACUGCAACAAUACUCAGUUUGACUGACCAACCAAGACAGGGUAAGCUUGUUGAAGAAGUGACAGAAUCAGCAAAGUUACAAAUGAGACCUAAAUACCAUAUUUAUAAUCAGAGGAGACCAUUGAGGAGAAAAAAUAAGCGACCUCAGUUUGAUGUAGAAUCUUUCAUCCAAGAUUCGUCCAGAAGAGUGACCAUAACGCCAAAUAGUUACAAAACUGAGGAAAACUCAGCUUACGAACAAACGCCAUUGGACCAAAUGAACGUGUUUGCUGAUGUUUUCAAUAACAUCAGAAAUGGAUCUAAUGAUCCGUUGCGAAUAGGAGCUUCCAUUCUUCAUAAACCUAAUGAUUUUAAUCUCUUACAGAAACCUGUAGUUCGUAUGAGGGUACCUCCAAAGAAAAUACACAUCAAAGUACCUGAUUCUGUAGAACUUUCCAAUGACAGAAAAUUGUAUCAUAAUACCACUACUCUUCCUACGACAAGAACUCCACCGACAACAAAAUCUAAAAGAGGAUCUAUCAGGUAUGCCCUCACCACAGAAAAAGAGGUGAACUAUGACGACUACGAUACUGAAGAUGAUUCACAAUAUAGCAAUGAAGAUAAAUCCAUAAGAACUUCAACAUCUGGUUUCGUUGAAGAUGAAGGUUUAGUGGGAGAUGAAGAUAGUGAAGCUUCUGGAACGCAUACUACAGAAACCAUUCGUAAACCACCUGUUAAGAAAAUGGUGGAUAUUGUCGGACUAGUACCACCAUCGAAAUACCAUUAUCGAACAAUAUAUCAACCUAUAGAAGAAUUACAUGAAGAACCCAUAGUAUCAGAGAGUGAAGUAAUCAAUAAUUAUCAUGUUCUGGGCAUGAAACCACCCUCCACUAAGCAGAAAGUCUACGAUUAUAGUGAUUUUCAAAGGCUUCUUUCUUUGAAAAAUCAUAAAUAUCGCAAUCAUAGAAGAGGUAAAAGAAGCCCCAAUAGGAAAUCUUACUUCGAAGUAGUGCAACGUCAGAACAGUCCUGAAGUGGAAGCAGAACAACAAGAAGAUGAUGAUUACGUACCCCACAGACCAAAGAAUUGGCACUGGGAUGAAAAGUUGAAAAAAAUUGUAUAUGAUAAACCCAUCGAAGAAAGACAACCAACUAAAAGCCGUACAGAAGAGGAAGAAGAAGAAGAAGAAGAAGAGGAAAUUGUAGAGAUAGAAGUUGAGGAUACCCCUUCGAGAAAUAUCCAGCAAACCACAACUCGAAGAUCUUUCACAAGUACUACACCCAUCAAUGGUCCUUCUUACGUCGAUUUCGUAAAGCUUUUGAAGAGUAAAAAAGACUACAUCAGUAUUCCUGAUCCAACUACUACCAAAGAUGGAUUAAAAAUGGAAUCGACUACUCUAUCCACUACGACUAUCAAAUCUGAACCUACAAAACCACCAGAGUUCCUUUCAUUCGUAUCAAAAUUGAGGCAAAGUGAUUCUUAUAAAGUCAUAGAAGAAAAAAAUAAAACGAAAACCACAACAACGGAAGCACCGAUAGAUGAAGAGGAAGAAGAAGAAGAUACAGACACAGCUCUGAGUAAUAUUCAAAACUCUCCUGGACGAGGAGCUGUUGACAUUGGUCAAAAUUUCAAAAUAUUCGAUGUUAACGAUUUUCUGCCAAAAGUGAAAACCUACUCUCCUAGAACCGAGAUAGACUAUUCCAAAUAUAAGACUAUUCAACGUCCACGGCCUCAAACAACUCCACAGCCAGAUGAAGACGAAAAAGAAGAGGUUGUUAAUAUAGAAAAACCACACACGGCAUUUCUUAUAGAAGAAUCUGAAGAAAAACACACUGAGCCAGCUACAGAAGGAAAAGUGGAGAUAUUUGAAGUAAGUAGACCCACCACAUCAAGCACAACUUCCGCAACAACCGUGAAAAUUCAAAAAACUAGAAGACGAAGACCAACGACAACUCAGAGAACUAUUGCACCAUCUGCAACUAACACUAAAGAAGCAGUAGUUCACCCUGUUCACCCCAAGCCAAAGAGAGUAUAUCCUAGAAGAAGACCAACGCAUAUACGUUCGAGAACAACUACACCAAAGACUGAAGAAGACGCUGAAACUGAAGAAUCCCAUAAGGUAGUAAUAAGAAGCCACAAUCCAAUAGAGAGGAAUCCCAAGAUAAUUUCUUUGGAAGCAAUCAUCCAAAUGGACCAACCAAAAAAAUCUAAUGAGCAAAUUCCUUCAAAAAGAAUGACACCACAUAAUAAAACGCGAGAAAUCACAGUUGAUGAUAUUUUGAAAAACAUAAACCGUUUAAAAGAAGUCAGUGUUGAAGAGGUGGUUCCUGAUUAUUCACUUGACGCAAAGAAUGACGAAGAAGACGCAGAUAGUAAAGAUGAAUAUUUCGAAGAUGACAAUACGAAAAUUGGUUUCGACGAUGGUAGUACAACAGACAGAAAACUUGUAAUUUCCAAAAAUAAACAACAGGGAAUGUUUUAUUAUACUUCAGUUAGAUGAAGAUGUAAAUAGAAAUAGUAUUUAAUAAAAGUUUUAAAUUUUU